GGUUCCGAGGCUGCGGAGUCGGGCGCGGCGGCGUCAAGAUGGCGGCGGCGGCGGUGGCGGCGGCGGCCGCGGCGGCCGCGGCGGCGUCUCUUCAGGUGCUGGAGAUGGAGAGUAUGGAGACGGCCGCCGCCGGCUCGGCGGGGCUGGCUGCCGAGGUGCGAGGCAGCGGCACCGUGGACUUCGGGCCGGGCCCGGGCAUCGCGGCCAUGGAGGCGAGCGGCGGCGGCGGCGGCGGCGCAGGCGGCGGCGGCGGUGGCGACCCCGGCCCGGAGGCCGAGGACUUCGAGUGCAGCAGCCACUGCUCGGAGCUGUCAUGGCGGCAGAACGAGCAGCGGCGCCAGGGCCUCUUCUGCGACAUCACCCUGUGCUUCGGCGGCGCCGGCGGCCGCGAGUUCCGCGCGCACCGCUCGGUGCUGGCCGCCGCCACCGAGUACUUCACGCCGCUGCUCUCGGGCCAGUUCUCCGAGUCGCGCUCGGGCCGGGUGGAGAUGCGCAAGUGGAGCUCGGAGCCCGGGCCCGAGCCCGACACGGUGGAGGCGGUGAUCGAGUACAUGUACACCGGGCGCAUCCGCGUCAGCACGGGCAGCGUGCACGAGGUGCUGGAGUUGGCCGACAGGUUCCUCUUAAUUCGUUUGAAAGAAUUUUGUGGAGAAUUUCUCAAGAAAAAACUUCAUCUGUCUAAUUGUGUAGCUAUUCACAGCUUAGCUCACAUGUAUACUCUGAGCCAACUUGCUCUGAAGGCUGCCGAUAUGAUACGGAGAAAUUUCCACAAAGUCAUCCAGGAUGAGGAAUUUUAUACUUUGCCUUUCCAUCUCAUUCGAGACUGGCUGUCAGACUUGGAAAUCACCGUUGAUUCCGAAGAGGUCCUUUUUGAAACCGUUUUGAAGUGGGUUCAGAGAAAUGCUGAAGAGAGAGAAAGAUACUUUGAAGAACUUUUUAAAUUGCUCCGAUUAUCCCAAAUGAAACCUACUUACCUUACUCGGCAUGUCAAACCCGAGAGGCUUGUGGCCAAUAACGAAGUGUGUGUCAAGCUAGUGGCUGAUGCGGUGGAGAGGCAUGCCCUGAGAGCCGAGAAUAUUCAGUCUGGCACAUUCCAGCACCCCGCUUCUCACGUCUCCUUAUUACCUCGUUACGGGCAAAACAUGGACGUGAUCAUGGUGAUCGGUGGUGUGUCCGAGGGAGGGGACUAUUUAAGUGAAUGUGUGGGCUAUUUUGUCGAUGAGGACAGAUGGGUCAACCUUCCUCACAUUCACAACCACCUUGACGGACAUGCUGUCGCGGUCACAGAAUCCUACGUGUAUGUUGCUGGGUCGAUGGAGCCAGGGUUUGCCAAAACUGUGGAAAGAUACAACCCAAACUUGAAUACCUGGGAGCAUGUGUGUAGUCUGAUGACACGGAAACAUUCCUUUGGGCUGACUGAGGUCAAAGGGAAGCUCUAUAGUAUUGGCGGACAUGGCAACUUUAGUCCUGGCUUUAAAGAUGUGACUGUUUAUAAUCCCGAACUUGACAAGUGGCACAACUUGGAAUCAGCGCCAAAGAUUCUCCGAGAUGUCAAAGCACUAGCCAUCGAAGAUCGGUUUGUGUACAUCGCUGCCCGCACUCCUGUCGACCGUGACACUGAAGACGGACUAAAGGCCGUUAUCACUUGCUAUGAUGCCGAGACCCGACAGUGGCAAGAUGUGGAAUCUUUGCCACUCAUUGACAAUUACUGCUUCUUCCAGAUGUCAGUGGUCAAUUCAAACUUCUAUCAGACCGCGUCGUGCUGCCCCAAGAGUUACUCCUUAGAAAACGAAGAGGCAGUCAGGAAAAUUGCCAGCCAGGUUUCUGAUGAGAUCCUGGAGAGCUUACCGCCCGAGGUCCUCAGCAUCGAGGGGGCAGCCAUUUGCUAUUACAAGGAUGACGUUUUCAUCAUCGGGGGCUGGAAAAACAGCGACGACAUCGACAAGCAGUAUCGGAAAGAAGCCUACCGGUACUGUGCCGAGAGGAAGAGAUGGAUGCUGCUUCCUCCCAUGCCACAGCCUCGCUGCAGAGCCACGGCUUGCCACGUGAGAAUCCCGUACCGGUACCUGCAUGGCACACAGAGAUACCCCAUGCCUCAAAACUUAAUGUGGCAGAAGGACCGCAUUAGACAGAUGCAAGAAAUCCACCGGCACGCCCUGAACAUGCGGCGAGUGCCAAGCUCUCAGAUCGAAUGCUAGGUUUCUCUCACACGGCUUCAACGGUUCCACCUGUCCUGUGGGAGGCUGAAGCUAUCCAGACUGUUACUUGAAAAAGUAUGUCACUAACUUAUUUUUUACCUGAAUGGCUUAUGGCCCUCUAUAAAGGAAAUGUAGUUCAAAGCUGAAGAGGGGGAAACUCCGUUCAAUACGUGGUCAUUUUUGUUAGCUUGCAGUCUUUAUCUGUCUUUGGUUUGUAUGUGCUAGCUAAUAAGAUCCUAUUAAAGACAAGUGGAAAAACCAGGUGUAGUAACAUGGCUGUUUGUCUGCCAACAAGUUAGAGCUCCUUUAUCUUGGGGACUUAGGUGUUGAACUAGCUUUAAGCACCGAUUUUAUUUGCACAUUUACUUUGAUGCUCCUUUUUUUUUUUUUCUUCCCUGACUGGUUGGUUGUGACAAGAGCAGAAUUUAUGCAUUGAGCCCUCAUCUGCAGGAGGUGUGUGCAAUAGUGAGCUGAAAUUGGAAAGAAAAAGCACAACGUUUCAGCAAAAUGAUUUCAGAAUGUUUGCGUUGAUAUGUUGCUAUGUUACUCUAGAAGGUCUAUUUUCUUUCUCAGUGAGAAAUUUGAUUGCUUCAUGCAGUUUUGAAUAUUCUUUAUUUCUUUAGCAGCUGUGUUACAGACUGUAAGCCAUCCACUGAGGUGAUGGUAGUUGGAAGAAGUAUUGAUCUUUAAAUGAUUAAGAAUACAAAGAAAGUUACAUAUAUGAAUUUGUCUCUCGGAGAAAAAUAAAAAGUAUUGUUGUAGACGAAGAAAUCAAAGGCAUUAAAUUAAAGUUAUUUCAGAAGUUGAAGGCUUAUUUGAAGAAAAGGAGUGUAAAUAAUGCCUAUGACAAUCAAUACUUGAUGCCUUCCACUUUAAAUUGUGUUCGAAUUGAAUGCAUAUUGUAUAGAAAUUCCUAACAGACUUUUCCAAGUGGAAAAUAACAAUUUCGAAAAAGGUUGCUAAAGAGAAGACAUUUCUCAACCCUGACUGUUGAAAACAUUUUAUCCAGUCUCCUAGACUUUUAUUAGAACUUGCCUGAGCCUAGAAUACCAAAUUUGCAUGCAUUAUUAUGACUCUUAAAUUUUUAUUCUGUAUUUUUAAUUUUUAUGUACUCUGAUUCUCUUAACCAAGCUUUUAUACAAGUUAGUACUCAGGUUGGCCGUCCAGCAUGAAACUCCUGCUCUACCGGUUUACAGUGUGAACCAAUAUAUUGUUCCUCUUUCUUUUGAAAUGUCUCUACCUCCUUAAACAUUCUGUGUUACCAUUCUAGAAAUUGAACUCCAAGUGUAGUGAUAUUUCAAACUCCUUGUCCAUUGUAGCUAAUUUCAGUUGUCUUCAAACAUCAAGAGAAAAAAAAUAAAGCACAACCAGGAAUUUUGGCUCCCAAUCUGCUGCAGAACUGUCCCAAGUUUAGCCCUUAGGUUUUAUACUGAGAACCUGAUGAAAUGUCUAAAUUCGCAUUCUUGCUGAGGACACAAAUUUUCAGUAAAUGUGUUGGGAACAUGCUUUAAAAACAUUCCAUUUAGGCCAGGGUGGGGGUAGGGGUGGGGGUGAGAAACUAAGGUAAUCUCUAGAUGAGUAUGAGUUACUCUACCCCUCCUCUGCCAGUGUCUCAUUUCCACUUAUUUGUAGUUCACUUUAAUAAAAGCCAUUUGGAUUCUGACACUUGCUCAUUCCUAGCUGUGAGAGGUCUGUGCAAGUAAGAAUUGCUGGCUGAAUGAAAUUCUUAUUUCUCUCUGAUAGACUCAGCUAGCAAACUUUUUCUCAGUGGAGGUCAAAUAUUUAGCACUCACUAGGGCCCCAAUUCUCUCACUAGAGUGUUGCAAGUUAUUUAUUUGUCUCAGAAGAUUACUCUGAGACUGCAGAUAAAAUUAUACCAAGUUAUUGUAGGAUUUUUUUUAAGAUAAUGUGGCAGGAAUUAUAACAUUUAGGUGUGAUCUGGUUUUGAAAACGUGAUUGAAUCUGUUGUUUUUAACUCAGCAGGCAGCCUAGACCAUGGCUGGAAAGAAGGGGUAAGUUCUUCCUUGCAUGAUGACGUGUGAGGGUUCCUGACUGCUGAGUUUCUAAUUUUCCUAUUUGAAUUCACACUUAACGAUUUUACAUCAAUAACUCGUACUUCUGAAAUAGUCUAACUAACUUGUUACUAAGGAAAGAAACCAGGUUUGCUUAAAUCUGUUCAAGGCUGACAUUCUGAAAUUCUAAACUGGAAAUUACUUCUUGGAGUAUUUGGAAAGAAGCUGAUUAUGCUGAGUAGCCUAAAAUGAAUCUUUGGGGCCAGGGGAAAGGGGAUUCUUUUCUGAGACAACUUAAGAGAUUGUGUUGGGUACUUUAAAUAAAGCUUUAAAAGGGCAGCCAAAUCGGGGUUGGAGCAAUAGCACAGCGGGUAGGGCGUUUGCCUUGCACUCGGCCGACCCGGGUUCGAUCCCCGGCAUCCCAUAUGGUCCCCCAAGCAGGAGUAAUACCUGAGUGCAAAGCCAGGAGUAACCCCUGAGCAUCGCUGGGUGUGACCCAAAAAGCAAAAAAAAAAAAAAAAAGGGCAGCCAAAUGUAUAUUCAAGCAAAUCUCUUGUUGUUUUGUGGGAGAAAGGGAGAGAGAAAUUGAUUAUACCAAAAAGUCACUGUACAUAAUUUUGAGUGAGGUUCCUUCUGUCUUAGGCUAGCCUUUGACUCUUAUCUAUCCCACCGUAUUGAGAAUGUCAGUCGUGAGCUUAGUGUUUAAGAUACCACACUACAAUUGUUUGCAUGAUUAGUCUUGUGAAUCUUGAUAUCCAACUUUGCUUUUGCUGUGCCAACUGAAAACUAUUUUGCAAAAAGAAAAAAAUUCAUUGAUUCAUUGGUUUUGGUCAUUUGGUUUUGAAUAGUGUUUGGGAAACCAAAUUCUUUUAAAAAUGCCUACUUUUAAUAUAGAACAAAAGCUGGAAAGAUGUUACGGAAGAUUUGUUUUUGUAUUUUAAACUGCUGCUGGUAAGGCAGUUUCCAGUACAGACUUUUUCUCUUCAUGUUUUCUUAACUAGUGUGGGUUUAGGGGUGUGUUUAAAUAUUUCAUUCUCCGCCUCGUAAUUCUAAUAUCAACUAUACUCUAGGUAGACCGGUAAGCUGAAUUGUGUAUUUAGUUGCUUGACCUAAUACACACAACUAAAAGAGCUUUGUUGUACUUUCCUGAAACCAAGCUUUAAAGAGUUUAUUGGCUACCUUUCAUGUUCUUUGAAAGUGUUAAGGAAUUGUGAAACCAAAUUAGGGUGCUUGUAGGUUGUCAUCUAAUUGUAGAAUAUUUAAUGAACAAUUCAGUCUCCUUUUUCAGCUGUUAAACAUUUUGGCACAGGUCAUUACUCAGUCUGUUACUUUCUUCAAAAUAGUUCAUUUCUGGCUUGUUAUAAAGCUUACAUUAUAAGUGUUCCAGCCAUUGGAAACAAAACAGCUCAUAGCUGAGUGAUGUAAUAACAAUAAUAUAAUGUAGCAGUCAUUUUGUUUCAAGAACUUUAAUUAGGGCCAAAUAACUGCUCUUCUAUGAUUACCUGUGUAGGGCUUUUGUCUUACUUGCCCAUUACUACGAAUGUCUUAAUCAAAGCACAUACAAUAGCGCACUUGUUAACUUUGUCCUCCUGCAUAACGCACUGGUGAAAAGUAGUGCUUGCUACUUAUUUGAAGAUCUUACAAUACAUGUGAUAGGUUUUAUGGAGUUAUUUGUGGAAUAAAUACUUAGUUCAAGUUAUACACAGUGACACUGAUACACACUGAGGUUUUUCUUGGCUUAGCAUUACCCAUGCCACUCCACCCAACCAAAAGUCUGCUCUUGGUUGUCCCUCUUUAAGUCAGAGGAGCCAUAGAAUUCAGGACACUUUGAAAUGUUACUUUGUACAAUCGUUUGUUUUAUGUUUCUAAAGCUAUCUUGUUCUGUGUUAAAGCAACUAAUCGUCUAGGUGAAAGUUUUAAAUAAACUUAUUUCUUUACAUUUGG